CAGAGCAGCACAACGUCGGUGGCUGACUUCUUCAGAGGGUGGAGCGGGAGAGCCAAGACAGACAGUGAACUUGGGGAGUUCAGUGAUUUUUAAAACUGAUUUGAGCGUUUUUGUUUUUUUUCUCACAGUGAGGUUUUCAGCCCAUGCGAAGACAUGGAGACGGACGUGAAGGCCACUCCGCAGGCGGUGAAGCGCUGGCAGCUCAGCGGGACCGAGGCUCCGCGGUCCGGGACGCGCCUCAGCACCUGGACUCCCCUGAACAACAGGCAGAGCAACCUGCAGUUAUUUGAGGAGAGGGCGAACCUUGUCUUGCACUGGUUCGACCUGUGGACGGACAAACAGAGGAAACACCUGCUGCAUUCUCUGCUCACACGCUGCACUAAGUCACAGCUCACGUACUGUGGGGAUUUGCUGACGGAGACGCUCCCUGUGACUCAAGUGGACUUCGCAGCAGUGCUGCCUCGGUUUCUGUCCCUGUACGUGUUGUCGUUCCUGUCCCCACGUGAUCUCUGCUCCGUCGCCCAAGUCAGCUGGCACUGGAGGGUCCUAGCUGAACAGGACUGUAUCUGGGCAGGCCGCUGCGUCAGAAGAGGCUGGUUCCUUCCCUACACUCCUGCAGAAAAAGAGUUUGGAGCGUGGAAGAACCACUACGUCUCUUGUGUCUCCACACUGGACUGGCUCACUCCCCGGGAGGCGGCCGAGCAGUACGGGACCCUCAACCGGCCGAGCACGGGGAUGACGGAGGAGGAGGACGAGAGGAGGAAGGAGAGGAGGAUCAGGCAGAUGAUCAGAGAGAAACUCCAGGAGGAGAAGAGACUAUCUCUGAGAACCAGGAGACCAUGGGGCAGCUACACAAAGCAAGAAGGAGUCAGAUGUGGACCAAACUCUAGGAUGACAUCCAGUUCUUGGCCUUCCCUUGCCUGGCCUCCAAAGAGUGUUGAGUCUUCCAGCCUCUGUCUCAGCCGGGACGGGGGACAGUCCAUGAGGCCAGCUCAGAGCGUGGAGAGAGUCCAGGCCGCCGGUUCAUUCAGUGAACGAGCAAACAAGGCCUGCGGAGCGCUGUCCUCCUUCACCUACAGGCCUGCGCAACGACGCGCGGUCUCACCUAUUCAUCACCACGCAACUGCUCUCUUAUUGCUGCUCUCCAACAGAGUUCCUGCUUAUGAGAUGGUGCUGAGUGGCGCGAAGGCCGGAGUGAUUGUGGUCGUGUAUGAGCACAGAGGGGCUCUCUCAGCCCUGUUCACCCAGGCAGAGAGGGUUGUAUCUGGGCAGACAGUUCAGAGGCUGGGCCUGCUUGCCCCUGGUGGAACAGAGGAAAUCGAUCUGCUUCAAAGCCGUACCCUGUCAGAGAGGACUUUGCUCGCCCCCGACCUUAGAGAAUUCUGGAAAAAACUCUGUGGCUUGGUGGCACCAACUGCAGACGGGGGAGGAAUAGACAUCUUCUCCCCUCUGGCUGCAUCUGCACCAGGAGUGGCUCUCAUCCAGGCUCUCUCUGCUCUCACUGGUCUGGAAGUUCUGGCUCCGAUGGGUCUCGUUACCGGAAGUUUCCAGAACAUUCUGAGUGAGUGGUCAGACAGCAGUGUGCGCGUUGGGCUGUCGGACCAGCAACCAGCAGCCCCUGCACUCCGAUAUGUGUGUGAGGAUGUACUGCAGGGCUGGUGCAGACAGGCCAAGUGGAUGGACGAGGCCCUGGGGGAACUGAGGGUCUGCCUGGGGCCACAGCUACAGCGGGUCAGCCUCCAGGCCAGGGGCCGAGCUCUGGGUCAUUUUCUGUGGGAGAAAAUUGGCCUCGAGGAGCUUUCUGUGUCCAAAGAUCUCAGUGAGGCUCUGAUUGAGGGACUCGCUGCUCUCACCAGACAGGAAGAGACCAUACCUCUGGAGUUUCUUUCAGUUUUUCUCUCAAGGUGGAGUGAGGAGAAGGAGAGCGAAGAGAGUCCAGAGGACAAGUGGCGAACCGGAGGAGCAAAUGAUUUAUCAUUGGCACCAAGUGACUCGCAGAGAUUACUCCCUGAGCUGCCGCAAAUGGUGUUGGAUUGGAGAGGUGCAGUCGCCAGAGAGCUUCACCACAGCGAGUGUCUUUAUCUCGGGAGACUGGGUUCUGUGCUGAAGCUGUACCAGGAGCCUCUUACAGCAGCACUGAACUCGAACAGAGCCAUCCUCGGCUAUGCCGACAUCCAGAUUAUCCUCAGCCCCGUCACACAAAUACUGGAGCUCAACAGAGUGUUUCUGGUAGACAUUCAGGCACGGUUGCAGCAGUGGGAUGCGGAUCAGUGUAUCGGAGAUGUGUUUGUGAAACUAUGCUCAAGUCUCAGAGUCUACACCAACUAUCUCAACAACUACACCACUGCCCUCUGCACCAUUGACAAGUGCAGGGAGACAAAACCUGCAUUUCGGGCUUUCCUGAAGAGAGCAGACAGAACUCUUGCAACACAUAUGCUGAGCCUGCAGGAGCUGCUGCUGUGUCCAGUGUGGAGAAUACAGGAGUAUGUGACUCUGCUCCAAGCCCUGUCUUUACACACACACCCCGUCCACCCUGACCACACACACCUCUCCUCUGCCCUCAACACACUGCUGCGCUACAGAGAAUUCAUACAAAAGUUGAAGCGUAACUCAGACAGAGACAGACUGUUGGAGGAGACACAGCAGAUGAUCCGAGGCUGUCCGAACCUCAGUGAAGGAAACAGGCAGCUGAUCAUAACCCAGGAUGCUGCUUUGCUCAGGAGUCCUGAUGAACAGAUUCCAGACUGUCUCAGGACCUUUGAGCAGGUGUCUGACGUGGGCCUCUUCCUGUUCAACGAUGCUCUUGUGCUGACUCUGCGAAAUAUUCACCACACACCUUUCACUUUGGCUCACCGGUGCACACACACUUUCCUGGCCUCUGUGGCCCUCACCAGCCUGGCUGUCUGAGAGAUCACACACACGCGCUAUGUGUGCCACGCCUUUGUCCUGGAGGGGCCUUGUCGUUCCUGGGUCUGUGCCACAGACAGAGGUGAGGAGAGGAGUCACUUCCUGUCUGCGCUGCAUUCAGCCAUCCACUCUGCUCUGACACCACAUCAGUGACAGCACGGUGACGAUACACCAGCAAGACAUAAGGAGGUUUGGACACCACACCACCACUACGCUUUAUUUUUUUAAAGAUUACAAAGAACAUGGAAACCCUUAAAAGGCGACAUUUAAUCUCGGUGAUAUGAAAAAAGACGGAGCAAAAUCAGAUUCUGGAUGUCUCACUCAGAAUAUUUAACAUAAGGAAAAUAUGGUAGUAUUUGGGGAAAUUAGUAUUUUGUCACUACACAGUCCUGCAGUUUUGCUCAGUAUUACAGUACAUUUCCAACCAGUAUCCUGGUCAAUGACUUGCUACAAUAUUGUGCAUUGUGUGCAGUUUCCUGAUACCGAAAUGUGUCGAACAGUGUUGACUCAGCACCAGCCAGACAGCCCCCUCCAUGAAUAAUUUUUUGCAGUGAUGUCAACACUCGGACGGUGUGGCAUGAAUGUUUAAAGUGAUCAUUUCUAUACUCUUGCACUGUAAACCUGUUUUGGCUUGAGAUAAAACUGCUGCAGUUGUUUUGUGAGUUGUUGUAUAUGCAGUUUGUUGCCAUAUCAAUCGCAGUGGAUACUGGAAUGUGGAUUAUGUUGGCCGGUGUUUAUUUUUUUGUCCUGUCUUGUCCUUUGCAUGAAAACACUCCUGCUGUAAAUAUAGUAUUGUUGAUUUUACUUGUAUGGUUGUCAGCCCCUCUGAAAACCUGACGUUGGAGCUGACCCAUGCUAAAGGUUGGGCAGUUUAUUUUAUGCAGCUUCAUACUGUAGUAUCUCUGAUUCAUUCUUUCCCUGUUGCUCUUUUGUUUUAUGUUUAUUUAUAUAUAUUCAGGUCAGAGUCAUUUCUCUUGUUCAAGGUAUAAAAAGUCUUUAUUGAUAACCAACAUUAACACAAAUGUCACAUUUGGGAAAUUAUCACUAGCAAGGAGCUACGUUACAACACAUCAGUUAUACACGUAUGUACAUUAUUGCCACUUUGUUUUUUCAAACAUAUGCUCCAUAUCUAGAAAUGGACAAAUGCUGUUUUAUUGUCCGUAUUUCACAACAGAUAACGUCAUCAAAGAUUAACACAAACACACAAUACAUGUGAACGUUCGUUUUCAACAAGAACAAUGACAAUAUAAUACACUCGGUGUUCUAAUAUUCAGUUUUAUUAACUUUGAUCACAGUGACAUCCUCACACAAAGCUGUUACUGUGAAUAGUUUACUCAUUUAUUAAAUGAAUCUACAUUGGAA